GCUGCGGAAAGGAGAGGCGGCGGCGGCCUCCGCUGAAGAAAAGAAGGCGGUAGAGAAGAGCGCAAGCGCGGUUGCAGACCGACGGAUUUACUUUGGGAACCAGCGUAGCUGCCGCCACCAGAAUCUGGAGCCAUGAGCGGGUUUAAUUUUGGAGGCACUGGGGCCCCCACAGGCGGGUUCACAUUUGGCGCUGCAAAGACGGCGACAACCACACCUGCUACCGGGUUUUCUUUCUCUACAUCUGGCACUGGUGGGUUUAAUUUUGGGACUCCCUCCCAGCCGGCAGCAAGUACCCCUUCUACUGGCCUGUUCUCACUCACGACCCAAGCUCCAACGACACAGACCCCAGGAUUCAGCUUUGGAACCACAACUCCUGCUACGGGAGGAACUGGAUUCUCCUUAGGAAUCAGCGCGCCGAAGCUCAACUUGAGCAGUGCAACGGCCACCCCAGCCACGGCACACACUGGCGGCUUUGGGCUCGGCAGCAGCACCCUCACCAAUGCCAUCUCGAGCACUGUCACCUCUAGCCAGAGCACAGCACCCACCGGCUUCGUGUUUGGCUCCACCACCACCUCUGCUGCUCCGUCCACCACACCGGGGGGAUUCUCCUUCACAGGGGGAAGCACAUCCCAGACCGGGACCUCAGGUUUCAGUAUCGGCUCCUUGGGGACUUCGGCCCAGCCCACGGCGCUUGCCGGCUUGCCCUUCACGGCCGCCCCUCCGGCUGCCAGUGGAGCAGGAGCCACACAGCCGGCCGCUCCUGCCCCCGCUGCUGCCACCACCAGUGCUGGCCCCACGCUGUUCGCCUCGCUAGCCACCGCUCCGACCUCAUCUGUCUCCACGGGGCUUUCCCUUUGUCCCCCUUCAACCACGGCCGGAACUCCCGGGGCCGGAACGCUGGGCUUCAGCUUAAAGGCCCCUGGAGCAACUUCUACCGCCUCCACAACAGCAUCCACCACCCCCGCCGCCACCACUGCUGCCACCACCACCACAACCACCACCACCACCACCACUGGCUUCGCCUUGAAUCUGAAGCCACUGGCACCAGCUGGGAUCGCCAGCAACGCACCAGCUGCCGUGGCUGCACCGCCGGGGCCUGGCACCGGCACUGGGGCGUCCACCAGCCCUGUGAUGACCUACGCCCAGCUGGAGAGUCUGAUCAACAAGUGGAGUCUGGAGCUGGAGGACCAGGAGCGGCACUUCCUGCAGCAGGCCACCCAGGUCAACGCCUGGGAUCGCACACUGAUCGAGAAUGGGGAGAAGAUCACCACCCUGCACCGUGAGGUGGAGAAAGUGAAGCUGGACCAGAAGAGGCUGGACCAAGAGCUCGACUUCAUCCUGUCUCAGCAGAAGGAGCUGGAAGACCUGCUGAGCCCUCUGGAGGAGUCGGUCAAGGAGCAGAGCGGCACCGUGUACCUGCAGCACGCCGACGAGGAGCGCGAGAGGACCUACAAGCUGGCGGAGAACAUCGACGCCCAGCUGAAGCGCAUGGCCCAGGACCUCAAGGACAUCAUCGAGCACCUGAACACGUCCGGGGGACCGGCUGACACCAGCGACCCGCUGCAGCAGAUCUGCAAGAUCCUCAACGCACACAUGGACUCGCUGCAGUGGGUCGACCAGAACUCGGCCCUGCUGCAGAGGAAGGUGGAGGAGGUGACCAAGGUGUGCGAGGGGCGUCGCAAGGAGCAGGAACGCAGUUUCCGGAUCACAUUCGACUGACGUGCCAGCCGUCUUCGGGGCCUGUGCGCUCCAAGGGCGUUGGGGGGCAGCGGGGGCACGCAGUUAUUGUCUAGCGUUUGGUUGCAGUGAAUACCUGUUUGUUCCUUUCUUUCAUGUGACCCUGCCGUUGAGAACAGUUCUGUGGUUUGCUUUACUUUAGUGAAAACGGAAGUAUUAUAAGUGCUCUAGUCUGGGCAGCAGCAUUGUGGGUGUGGUUUCUUUGCAUAUCUUUUGUGUAUCUCAGACCCCUUUCACAACCACCACCCACCCAUCCUUCUUGCUCCGGCCAAGUGCCAGUAGAGAGUGCUGGAGACGUUUCCCCAAAACCAUCUGUCUCCCAGCCAGGGUCUGCCGAGCAGCCACUCUGCCCAAAAUAUAGUCGUAGGUGCCGUGAAGAGUCCAUCCUCGAGGAGACGGUGUCCUGGUGUAAGGCGUGAGCCUGUGGAGACUGACCGCCAGUGCGAGAAAGGGGCUUGUGAAUAGGACCAACCGCGGGAUGUAGAAUUUCAAAGGAGAAAGGACAGUCAGAUGAGGGACUUAAAUGUAAUAUUGAGAAAAGAGUCAGACUUGCACCAGGAGGUCUUUACCUUGCCUGGCUGACACGCCACCCCAUCCUCCAGUUGUCCUUCUCUUGGGCCUCACCUCCAGGAAGCCCUCUCAGCUGCCCCAGACCUGGGUCCGGUGGCAGUCCUGAGGCUACAAAACGACAUAGAGCGUGUGCAUGUCUUGUGCCAACUGUUAACGUCUCUGCCUCACUAUUGAAUGUGAGCCCCUAUGGGCAGGGACUGUGUUUCUUGGCCCCUUUUGUGUCCUCAGCACAAUCCCUGUCACAUUUUCAAAAGAACAAUGGAGAUGAAACACGGCAUCAAAUGUUCAUCCACAAAAUGCCUACUGAAAUGGCCACGAGUGCCAGAGGUGGCCACAGACUUGGGUUGGAACUUGCCAGUGCUGGAGCAGACCUAGUCUGUUAACAGUGAGAGAUCCGUGGUGUCCAGAAGACAGAAGCCAACCGGUUGUUUCCUGAAUGUCUUGUAUUUGUCUUUAUACUUUGCUGCACUGUCUGAGAUACUAUGACUAUAUGUUGCAUUCCUAAAUAAAAUUUACUGUGGAACAAAAAA